AUCUCAGGCGCCGAUAACUUAGAGGAGCAUAUGCUGAAUCCUGUUAAAAGGAAGCUGAGUGAAGAGGAUCAAGGAAGGUGGCUUAUGAUCAUCGACAAUGUGGAUGAUAAUAGCGUCCUCAUCGAUACCACACUGAAUGGUCGCCGGCUAUAUGAUUAUCUCCCUCGUAGCCGACGUGAGAUGAUUAUUUUCACUUCGCGUAACCGCCAGAUUGCCGUUGAUCUAGCACCA